UCCGCUUUCUUUGCCACCGCUUUUUCUGUUUCCCUAAUGUCCCAUUGAGCGGAACACGCGGAAGCGGAUCACGCGGAACGAUGAAAAAGAUGACUUUUUUAAUGUUAUUUUCAACAUUUAUAAUAAUUAAAAUAAUAUUUUACACAAAUAACAUAAUAUAUGACAAAGUAUUAACAAUAAAAUCUGUUUUUUCUGUAAAAUAUUUUUCAUGUAAAUGUAGAACUCUCCUACGAUUGGUUGAAAUCCAAUUCCGCUGCCGUGUUUACCGCUUAAUGGGACAUUAGGAGAAAUGCAUCAGCGGAAACGUGUGCAAUUCUAACCUGAUAUUGCCUGGAACGGAUAAUCUCUUCAUACAUCCAAAGACUAUUAUUAAAUAAUUAUGAACAGAUAUAAAUAUGUUCACAGAAAAUAAAAUGUAAUUUUUGUGGCUGGAUAAUGAGUAGCUCGUGUAAUAUUGAUCAGCAUAAAUGUUUCGAGAACUAUGAAGACGUCCACGAUGAAAACCAUGUAGUAAGAGAAAUUCCACGAUGUAGUAAUUAUAAAAACUCGGAGAUUACAUCUAAAAAUAUUCUACAUAGGAUUUAUAAAUUGUGGAUUUUAUCUAGAAAUAGACCAUAUUCUAUAUUUCAACACCAAGUAAUUCGAAGACGAAUAAUUAAAUUAUAUUUACUAUAUACAAUAAUUAAAAAGCGUAACAGACAAAGACACAAACGUCAAUAUUGGGUACGACCUAUUUUCUCAGAAGAAAGAAGAUUAAUGCAGGGAGCAAGCGACAAUUUGGUUCGUGAAAUGGAGAAUCUGGAUAAAGACAAAUAUUUUAACUAUUUCCGGAUGUCGUUUGAAACGUUUGAACAACUACUAAGUACCAUAGAACCAGACAUUACAAAAAAAAUCGUUGUUCGCACACCGAUAUCUGCACGCACUCGUUUGCAAGUAACCUUGCGAUAUCUGGCUUCUGGAGACAGCAUGGUCUCCAUAUCAUAUGCUUUUCGCAUUGCACACAAUACUAUUUCAAAAAUUGUCCCAGAAACUUGCGCUGCAAUUUGGAAUUCUCUUAAAGCUACAGUAUUUCCACAACCAAGUACAACUAAUUGGCUGAAUAUCGCAGAAAAUUUUGAAAAUAUUUGCCAUUUUAACAACUGUAUUGGCGCCUGUGAUGGAAAACAUGUUGUUAUACAGGCACCACCAAACAGUGGUUCGACGUACUAUAACUAUAAAGGACAACACAGUCUCAUUCUUCUUGGUAUAUGCGAUGCUAAUAGCUGUUUCAUUGUCGUGGAUAUCGGUGGUGAAGGAAGACAAUGUGAUAGUACAAUAUUUCAAAAUAGCGAGGUGAAUAAGCGAUUUUGCAAUGGAUCGCUUGAAAUACCUGCGGCGAAAUAUGUUAUGAAUAGUAUUAUAAAAUUACCAUAUGUAUUAGUCGCGGAUGAAGCAUUCCCACUAACCACGUUUAUAAUGAGGCCGUAUCCGCGAAAGAAUCUUGAUAUGAGAAAAAAAGUAUUCAAUUAUAGAUUGAGUUAUGCUAGACGAUCAAUAGAAUGCGCAUUUGGAAUACUUGCUGCUAGAUGGAGAAUAUACGGUAAACCUAUAAUUGCAUCUUUGCCCACAGUUCGAAAAAUUAUUCAGGCAACAGUUGUUUUGCACAAUUUUGUAAUGUCUACCGAAAGAAAUUUGCAUGUAACACAGAAACAAUAUUCAAAUUUUAGUACACAAGAUCGUGCAGUAAUUUCUAACGGCAUGAGAAAUAUAUCGAUAAAUCGCUCUUCAAAUCCUGUUGAAGCUAAAAAAAUUAGAGAAGACUUUGCAGAUUUUUUCAAUGACAUUGGCGCGUUACCGUGGCAAUGGGAUAAGGUUAUUAAUAACGAUUUUUAAAUAGUGGCUAAUAUA